CAGCCAAGAGCUCGGAGUGGGAGUGGGCUGGGGAGGAUGUGAAUGUGAGGGUCUCAUGGUUGAAGCUUCCAGAUGCCUGUCUCUAUGCCCCUUGAGCUCAGAUAGGCCCUGUCUCCUUCCUUCUCUGUUCUUUCUCAUCCUCUCUUCUCCUUGUGUGUAAAUAUUAAAGAGCUGAGCCUGCAGGGCUGAUGUAGACAUGGGAAGAGAAUGAAAUUAAAAAGGAUUCCCUCGCCCCCAUCCCGACACCCCCUCCCUGCAGUCCCCCUGCUCCUGCCUCCUCCUUGCUCCCCUCCCCUCACUCAGCGCUUCCACAUGUCUUCCCCCCAGUCCAGAUGGGAGCUGGCUCCUUCAGAAAGGGGGCUCUGAACAGGGUGUGGGGAGCCACCUCUCUGUGCCUCCCCCCAGCACAUUUGCCUACGCGGCUGGGAGCCCCCACGAGCCAGUGGUCCUGAGCCUUCUGAAGUUAGGAUUCUGCCUGGUGGUAGGGAUCCUGACAUCAAAGAUGGGACAUCCCAGAUGGAGGUUCCUGGGGCCUGGCCCCCAACACUAUGAAGAGCCUUUGCUGAGGCCAUGAGGGGUUACCAUGGCGACCGAGGCAGCCAUCCCCGCCCAGCCCGCUUUGCUGACCAGCAGCAGAUGGACGUGGGCCCAGCUGCCAGGGCCCCGUACCUGCUGGGCUCCAGGGAGGCCUUCUCCACCGAGCCCCGCUUCUGUGCCCCAAGAGCUGGCCUGGGACACCUUUCUCCAGAAGGGCCCCUGAGCUUGAGUGAGGGGCCUUCUGUAGGCCCUGAGGGAGGACCAGGGGCAGCUGGGGCUGGGGGGGGUAGCAGCACCUUCCCCAGGAUGUACCCUGGCCAGGGCCCCUUUGACACCUGUGAAGACUGUGUGGGCCACCCAGCGGGCAAGGGCGCCCCCCGCCUGCCUCCCACACUUUUGGAUCAGUUUGAAAAGCAGUUGCCCGUUCAACAAGAUGGCUUCCACACGUUACCAUACCAGCGAGGUCCAGCAGGGGCUGGGCCCGGGCCAGGGCCUGGGUCUGGCGCUGCCUCUGAGGCCCGCAGCGAGAGCCCCAGCCGCAUCCGGCACCUGGUUCACUCUGUGCAGAAGCUCUUUGCCAAGUCUCACUCUCUGGAAGCGCCUGGGAAGCGGGAUUAUAAUGGGCCUAAAGCUGAGGGAAGAGGUGGCUCUGGGGGUGAUAGCUACCCUGGCCCAGGCUCUGGAGGACCCCACACCUCCCACCACCACCAUCACCACCACCAUCACCACCACCACCAGUCCCGGCAUGGCAAGAGGAGCAAGAGCAAGGACCGCAAGGGGGAUGGGCGGCACCAGACCAAGGCCACAGGCUGGUGGAGCUCCGAUGACAACUUGGACAGCGAUAGCGGCUUCCUGGCGGGUGGGCGCCCCUCUGGGGAGCCUGGUGGUCCCUUCUGCCUGGAGGCUCCAGAUGGUUCCUACCGGGACUUGAGCUUCAAGGGGCGUUCAGGCGGGUCAGAAGGUCGCUGCCUUGCCUGCACUGGCAUGUCCAUGUCGCUGGAUGGACAGUCAGUCAAGCGAAGUGCCUGGCAUACCAUGAUGGUCAGUCAGGGCCGGGAUGGAUACCCAGGGGCUGGGCCAGGCAAGGGGCUCCUGGGUCCGGAGGCCAAGGCAAAAGCCAGGACUUAUCACUAUCUGCAGGUGCCGCAAGAUGACUGGGGGGGUUACCCCACGGGUGGCAAGGAUGGGGAGAUCCCCUGUCGCAGGAUGCGGAGCGGCAGCUAUAUCAAAGCCAUGGGGGAUGAGGAGAGUGGAGACUCAGAUGGCAGCCCCAAGACAUCUCCCAAAGCACUUGCCCGGCGCUUCGCCACCCGCCGCUCCUCCAGCGUGGACACAGCCCGGAUCAACUGCUGUGUCCCACCCCGGAUCCAUCCCCGGAGCUCCAUCCCUGGCUACAGCCGUUCCCUCACCACCGGCCAGCUCAGCGAAGAGUUGAACCAGCAGUUGGAGGCCGUGUGUGGGUCUGUGUUUGGGGAACUUGAGUCUCAGGCCGUGGACGCCCUGGACCUGCCUGGCUGUUUCCGCAUGCGGAGCCACAGCUACCUCCGGGCCAUCCAGGCCGGCUGCUCUCAAGAUGACGACUGCCUGCCCCUCCUUGCUGCCCCUGCCUCUGUCUCAGGGAGGCCCGGCUCCUCCUUCAACUUCAGAAAGGCCUGGAUUCCGCCGGGAAGCCAGGCCCCACCCCGCAUCUCCAUCACCGCCCAGAGCAGCACCGACUCUGCGCACGAGAGCUUCACCACGGCUGAGGGCCCAGCCAGGCGCUGCAGCUCUGCCGAUGGACUGGACGGGCCUGCCAUGGGCGCACGCACCCUUGAGUUGGCGCCGGUGCCACCCCGGGCCAGCCCCAAACCCCCCACUCUCAUCAUUAAGACCAUCCCCGGCAGGGAAGAGCUGAGAAGUCUGGCGCGGCAGCGGAAGUGGCGGCCAUCUAUUGGGGUGCAGGUGGAGACUAUCUCAGACUCCGACACCGAGAACAGGAGCCGGAGAGAGUUCCACUCCAUCGGUGUACAGGUGGAAGAGGACAAGAGACGGGCGAGGUUCAAGCGCUCCAACAGUGUGACGGCCGGUGUGCAGGCAGACCUGGAGCUUGAAGGCCUGGCCGGCCUGGCCACAGUGGCCACAGAAGACAAGGCCCUACAGUUCGGACGCUCCUUCCAGAGGCACGCCUCUGAGCCCCAGCCCGGACCCCGGGCCCCCACCUACUCAGUCUUCCGCACGGUCCACACGCAGGGCCAGUGGGCCUACCGUGAGGGCUACCCACUGCCGUAUGAGCCACCGGCCACCGAUGGGUCACCAGGCCCGGCCCCCGCCCCAGCCCCUGGCCCUGGGUCUGGCCGCCGCGACUCCUGGAUGGAGCGUGGUUCGCGUAGCCUCCCUGACUCAGGCCGCACAUCCCCCUGCCCACGGGAUGGCGAGUGGUUCAUCAAGAUGCUGCGGGCAGAGGUGGAGAAGCUGGAGCACUGGUGCCAGCAGAUGGAGCGCGAGGCGGAGGACUAUGAGCUGCCAGAGGAGAUCCUGGAGAAGAUCCGCAGUGCUGUGGGCAGCACACAACUUCUCCUGUCCCAGAAGGUCCAGCAGUUCUUCCGGCUGUGUCAGCAAAGCAUGGACCCCACUGCGUUCCCCGUGCCAACCUUCCAGGACCUGGCGGGUUUCUGGGACCUCCUUCAGCUGUCUAUUGAGGAUGUGACCCUCAAGUUCCUGGAGCUACAGCAACUCAAGGCCAACAGCUGGAAACUCCUGGAGCCUAAGGAGGAGAAGAAGGUCCCUCCGCCGAUACCAAAGAAGCCCUCGCGGGGCCGGGGCGUGCCGGUGAAGGCACGUGGCGACGUCGCUGGGGAACCGCCGGGUCGCCAGAGGGCGCUGUACGAGCUCAGCCCCGCGGGCCUAGUCGCGGACGUCUAG